GUGAAGUAGCACCGGUUAAAUAGUCUGUGACUGACCAAAGCAUUGCUUUAUUUGCUUGACAUUGACAUUUUUUGGCACAUACAUUUUGGCCUUACAGGGGGCUUUACUUGUGUGUUUUUGAAUUAAAGCAAUAACAUAAGAAAAAGGAUGAUAAACAUCAAAACGUCGUUUACAUACUGCUAGUUUUGAUUAUGUUUGUGCUAAAUAUUCGUAAUUUGUAAUUUAACAAUACUCAUCGUAGUGUAUUAAAGCAGUUUUGUCAAGCAGUAAACAUAACCUUAAAAUAUAAAUAAGUAGUUGUAAAUCCUACAAUACAAUUCUAUUAUGAUGUAAAGUCAAUAAAUUUAUUUAUACGAUUUAAAAUGGAUUCAAAAUACGCAGUUCUUGGCAAAGAAAAUAAUAAAAAAAAAUCAAAUGGAAUUAAAGUUAAACGUAUUAAGUUAUGCGUAGGAAACUCAUCAAAACUAAAUGGAAACCGCGUUGCCAACCAACAAGUUACGGAUCAACACGAUAUAAAGGAGGCAUUUGUUGAAGACUUAAAGGAAACACGAAAGUUGUUACCUGUGUAUGCUGUAAGAAAUAGAUUAUUAGAAGAAGUAAAGAAGAAUGACACAAUGAUACUUAUUGGAGAAACAGGCAGUGGUAAAACUACACAAGUACCACAACUCAUACAUGAACAACGUCUUGAAGGGUUAGGUUCUAUUGCAGUAACACAGCCCAGGAGAGUUGCAGCUAUUACCUUGGCUAUGCGUGUCGCAGCAGAAAUGAAUACUGAAAUAGGAUCUAUUGUUGGGUAUUGUGUUAGGUUUGAAGAUGUCACCAGUGUAAGGACCAAAGUAAAGUAUUUAACUGAUGGCAUGUUGCUAAGGGAGGCAGUUGCUGACCCAUUAUUGAAAAGGUACUCAUUUAUAAUAUUGGAUGAGGCACAUGAGCGUACUGUAAAUACUGAUGUCCUAUUUGGAAUUGUUAAAUUAGCUCAAAAAGAAAGAAAUGAAAAGAAACUUCUACCUUUAAAGGUGAUAAUAAUGUCAGCAACAAUGGAUGUGGAUUCAUUUAGGAAAUAUUAUGAUGAAUGUCCAGUAAUAUAUUUGGAAGGCAGAACGCACCCUGUAACAAUAUAUCAUACCAAAAUGAAACAAGACGAUUAUCAGUAUGCAGCAUUGUGUACAAUAUUCCAACUCCAUGCAACUUCACCAGCCAACCAUGAUUUUCUUGUAUUCUUAACUGGCCAGGAAGAGAUUGAAACUCUGAUGAGCAAUAUUAAACAAAUUGCUAAGGAAUCACCAGGACCUCUGAUAAGGGUGUGCCCCUUGUACGCCGGACUUCCUGCUGCUAAGCAAUUACAAGUGUGGAAGAAAACUCCACCCGGAAUGAGGAAAAUUGUGUUGGCAACUAAUAUUGCUGAGGCAUCUGUUACUAUACCACAAAUCAAAUGUAUCAUUGACACUGGAUUUGUGAAAGAAAGAACUUGGUGCACGAGCACGGGCGCGGAGCGGCUGCGCGUGUUGCCGUGCUCGCAGGCGGCGGCGUGGCAGCGGGCGGGGCGCGCGGGACGCACCGCGCGCGGCGCCGCCUACCGCCUCUACACUGACGCAGACUUCGCCGCCAGGAAACCUCACAACACUCCAGAGAUAGUCAGAUGCCCCCUCGCUUCGACUAUAUUAUUGCUAAUAGCUUCAGGUUUUGAUCCUCUUACAUUUCCAUUAAUUGAUCCACCGCCCGAAGAAUCUGUUAAAGCGUCUUUGUUAUUACUCAAGGAGUUAGGUGCUAUUGACAAUGAAACAAGUCCAAAGUUGACAGUUCUCGGCAAAAAAAUGACAGCUUUCCCGAUCGAUCCAAAAUAUUCUAAGGUUUUAUUGAGUGCUCCUGAAUAUGACUGCUUAGAUGAGGCAUUAAGUUUAGUGGCAGUUUUAUCAAGUGAGAACGUAUUUCAUAUGCCAAUGCACAAAAGGGAAGAAGCACUCAAAGUAAAACAAAAAUUUGUAUCAACACUAGGAGAUCAUAUUACACUUUUAAAUGUUUUUAAAGCAUUUUGCAAAGCGCCUCUUAAAAAGCAAUGGUGUAAAGAGAAUUACUUAAAUCACAAGAAUUUGGCGUAUGCGUAUGACGUGAGGCAACAACUGCUGGCUAUAUGUCAUAGACUUAACAUGACGGUGACAAGUUGUGGAACUGCAUUAGACCAGUUAUUAAAAUGUUUGUUGAGCGGUUUGUUUACGAACUGCGCGUGGUUGCGCGGCGGGGCGGUGGGCGGGGUGGGCGGUGUGGGCGGGGCGAAGUACGUGACGUGCGGGGGGGCGUGCGCGGCGCUGCACCCGGGCAGCGUGCUGCACGCGCUGCGGCCCGCGCCCGCCGCGCUGCUGUACAGCGAGCUGCUGCACACGCGCCGCGCCUACCUGCUCACCGUGUCCGUGGUGCAGCCGCACUGGCUCCACCAGCUCGCGCCGGAGUACGCGAGACGAUGCCGCAUCACCAGAUCCUGUACUGAUACUUUUAAAACAGACUAAGCAAGCGAAAAUAGCCUAAUGGUAAGCGCCAAUAGUGGAAUGGUUAGCGCCAAUAGCUUAAUGGUCAUCCAAUAGCCUAGUGGUAAGCGUUAAUAUCCAAAUCAUUUGGGAUACGGACUGCUGACCUUGUGGUCGAGGGUUCGAAUCCCGCCAUUCGAAUAUUAAUGUAAACCAUAUUCUAGAGGCACAAGCCUAGAGCUUAGUCGGAAUUGCUAAAGGAAAUGUUAAUAAAUUAACAAAAAUAUACUAUUUUUUUUUAUAAAAAAAUGCCAGCUGUUCCCCCCCCCUUAAUCGGCAUAUAGGACUUUAUUUUAUUGAUUACAUUUAUAAAACUUUCAACCUUCAAUGGCACAAAUAACAACGAAGGCUUUUUACCAUUGGCUAACAAUUGUAUUAGUUUAUCUUGAUAUGUAGACGUUAUAUUAUUUCAAUUAUUGGUGCAGAUUUAGCAAGCAGUGGUAUGACGUCACACACAGCACGCAAAUAUCAAUUUUAUAACAAUUCACAAUUAAUAAUUUGACUUCUCAAUUCUAUUAAAACUUAUGCUUUUCUUUUAAUCAUGUGUGAGAAUCGAAUUGUAAAUUGAAGAAAUACUGUAUAAACUUAACUAAAUCGAGUUGUAUUAUGGUGUUUAUUGUAAAUAAUGUCUAACGUUUUUGCCCGACGGCGAAUAGGGAAAAAUGUUUUUACCAGUAUGUAUUUAUAUACUAGAAUUCACUGCCGAAUUAAUAACAUUCUCACUCAAUUCGUAUUUUCUAGAGAGUAAAAUGGAUACAUUCAGUUGGAUUUAUUAAUAAAAAUAGUUUAUUCAUUGUUUAAAUUAGUUAUUACAUGCUUUGUACAAGUUGUAGAAUAUAAAAUAUACCUAAGCCCAACUAUAUUUGUGUGACAAAUAAUUACUACCGACUAUUAGAUGUAAAACGAGUUUAUAGCCCCAGAUUUGACAGGGUUAUUUAGUUCGUUGUUUGAAUUAGAUGUAGUUUUAUUAUUAUGUUUUGUUAACAUUUUGAGCGAAUCGUAAUCAAGUUGUUUUAUGCAAGGUUUAAAACGUUUGCUUUCUAUUGUUAUGUUCAUUUCAUAUUUAAUGCUUCGAAUUUUAAAUUUAUGUGCGGUUUUAGGAAACAUCCGUUAUAAAAAUCUUGUUAUAGAAUUAAAUCAAUUGAUUAAAUUGUUGUUGAGUUAAAAAAGAAAUGUUUGAAAAUUGUAGAAUAAGUUUUUUCAAGGCCUGAAAGCAUUUGUAAUAUUUGUAAUUAUAUUUUGGUGGUUAGGUUUAUUAACGUUUUCAAUGCAGUACAAGAGGUUAUACCUUCUUGUACUUACGUACAUAAUUAAUAAAAAAAAACUAGAACUUGAGAACUUGUUAUAAGCAGUUAAUUACAACUUUGGUUCCGCUAUAACUAUAUUACUCCAUUACUUUAUUGAAAUUGUAAAUAUUUUAUUACAAUAACAAAUCUAUUUGUUGAAUACUAUAACUUACCUCUAGUACUUUAUGUGACUAAGUCCUCGCCAUAAUAAAAUUUGGGCAUAUUUUACACAUUUGUACAAAUAAAUUAUUGUAAGUAAAGUUUAUUUCAGUACAA